UUAACUAUGAUUAAGAGAGCAAGAAACAAAGUGCUCGAAGCAAAGCAGAGAAUUGAGAGGAUGGAGUUGGAGCAAGAAUUCGAGUGGAAUGAAGCGCAAAACAUUGAGAUAAGUGUGGACCUUGUAGCAGCAGCCAAACGGCACCUUCAGUUCCUUGCCAUUGUUGAUAGGAAUCGUUACCUCUAUGAUGGCCCUGCCCUUGAGAGGGCCAUCUACAGGUAUAAUGCUUGUUGGCUUCCCUUGCUUGCCAAACAUUCCGAGUCCCAGAUUUCUGAGGGCCCUUUGGUUGUUCCUCUCGAUUGUGAAUGGGUUUGGCAUUGUCACAGGCUUAAUCCAGUACAAUACAAAUCUGACUGUGAGAAACUUUAUGGAAGAAUCCUAGACAGCUCUAAUGUUUUGUCUUCUGUUCAAGGCACUUGUCAGAGGCAAACUGAAGAAAUAUGGAAUACACUGUAUCCAGAAGAGCCCUACAACUUCAACCUAACUAGAGGAUUCUCAGAACAUAUCUCUGAGACACUUCCUGGCAUUGAAAAAUACACUCAAUAUGAUCUGGUUUCAGCAGCUAAAAGACAGAGUCCUUUCUUUUACCAGGUAUCCAGACCCCAUAUGAACAAUGAUCACUUUCUUGAAGGAUCUGUGGCUAGAUAUAAAGGCUUUUUGCAUCUAAUUAAAAGAAAUAAGGAGAAGUUCAUACGACGUUUUUGUGUUCCUACAUACGAUAUUGACCUCAUCUGGCACACUCACCAGUUGCACCCUGUUGAUUAUUGUAAAGAUCUCAGUGAAGUGCUUGGAAAGGUUCUGGAGCAUGAUGAUAUGGACUCGGACAGAACUAAAGGGAAGAAGCUGGAUGUUGGGUUUUCUGGAACUACCAAGCAGUGGGAAGAGACAUUUGGUAGAAGGUAUUGGAGAGCUGGGGCAAUGUAUAGGGGCAGUGCCCCAUCUCCUCUCACAACCACUACUUGCUUAUCCGACAUGACUGGCAAGGAGGUUGUUGCAUCAGACGAGUUUCAGAAAAUAAUUCAGCUCCCACAGCUGGAGGUUGUGGAGGUGCUUUUGGAGUUUGUUGGAGUUAAAAACUUACCAGAAGGGCACAAAGGAAGUCUCUUCGUCUCAUUUAGUAAGAAACAACCUGACACAAUCUUUAAAGCGAAUCGGAACCUGAGUAUUUUGUCUGAGUCCGGAGAGAAACAGGUCGCUUCUUUUCAAUGUGAACCGACAGGAGAACUACUCUUCGAACUCAAGUCCCAUUCAACUUCCAACUUACCGCUAAAAAGGGCUCCAAAAGUAUUGGGUUCUACUUCACUCUUUCUGCAAGACUUUCUGGCCCCCGUCUCUGAACUUUCAGUUGAAAAAUGGUUGGAGUUGGUGCCAAGUUCUAGCAGUGUGAUCUCAAAACCAAUUGGCCUUCGAGUUGCUGUCUCUUUCACUGUUCCAUCUCCAGCACCACAUAUGCUUCGCAUGAUUUGUUCUCAACUGUUUCCAAAAAGUUCUUGUUUCUUCCCCCUUCCCGGAAAGGUUCGACAUGCCAAGAGCAUGGUGCAUAUCAUUGAUGAAACUGGUGAAGAGCUGCUCAGCCUCCAAAUGAGGGACUCGAGGAAGGACAAGGAAAAAGAAAAUUGCAUCCUUAGUAAGGAGGUAAUUGGUAUCAUGGCUUCUGGCGAAACACGCACUCUUGCUGACUUCGCUGGGACUGGGUGGUUUUUGAUGGAUUCGCAUUGGUCCCUUCAUUUUAGAAAAAAUUCUGGCCAUGAUGGCCAUCUCUUUGAGCUUUCUGGCAAUAGAAUGGUAAAAUUUUUCCCUGGAAGAAAGCUGGGGUAUGAGCCCAAUCAUUGUGAGAAGCAUAGAAGUGAGAAGGACUUUAUGACGGCAGUUGAAUUCUCUAUGGAAGACCCAUAUGGCAAGGAAGUGGCACUGCUCGACUUGAAAUCUGGAAUUUUCAAUGUAAAGGAAGAAUGGAUGGUGGUGCCUGGAAUUACAGCUGCAUUUAUACUUGCUGAUGUUUUUAAGAAGGGGGGAUAUGAUGGAUUCGCUGUGAAUUUAAAAAACUUGGAGAUGGAAAGUCUAGGUGAAGAAGUCAAUGUGGAUAUCAAUGCUGCAAUAUCUGAGAAUGUCAAUUUGUCUGGUGGAGGUUGCGGUGGAAAGUGUGGUAGUAGCUGUGGAAAUGUCUUGAAAAUAUUCGAAAAUGGCAAUUUGUCUGGUGGAAAGUGUGGUAGUAGCUGUGGAAAUGCCUUAAAGAGUGGUGGCUGUGGUGGUAGUGGAUGUAGAAACAUGGUUAAGAGCGGCGGGUGUGGGAACAUGGUGACGAGCGGAGGCUGUGGUGGGUGUGGCGGUAGCUUUGAAAACAUAUUGAAGAGUGGUGGUAGCUGUGGUGGGUGUGGCACUAAAUCUGAUCACUCCUGCGCUGAAGAACAUUCAAAGGAAGCAACCUUCUACUCUAGCAAGGCAGUAGCCGUUUGAUGUUUAUAUCAUGUAUCAGGGGAAGAUCAGCAACAAGUUCAAUCUAAAUAAUGUAUCUGGUGAAUAAAUAGCUUGAUCUUCAUGAUAAUCAUUAAAUCCUUGGUUUGAUC